GAACAUAGUUGAGGCAGAUUGAUAUAGCAGAACACGCUCUUCCAGCAGCUUUAGAAGGCCUGACACAUAGAGCAUGGUUUACGACAAGGAUGCAUUGUGGGAAACAGGAUACGACGAAUCUGUUGAAGUCAACCAGCGUGCCUUGAUUGACAAAGUGCUCGCUCGAUAUUCUGGGGAAUUUACUGUUUUUAGAGAACUUCUACAGAACUCAGAUGAUGCUCAAUCGACUUCAGUGGAGAUUCGAUUUGAAACUGAAGACUAUGUGAAGAGGAAGUCUGGCAAGAUUGCACAGGAGUACUACACUGAGAAGCCAGUUCUUUCCGACUUGAAAACUACGGUAGUUUCACAGUGGACAUUCAGAAAUAAUGGCAUGGCUUUUAGAAAUGAGGACUGGGAUCGUCUUAGGAAAAUCGCGGAAGGCAAUCCAGAUGAGGAUAAGAUUGGUGCCUUUGGAGUUGGAUUCUAUAGUCUGUUUUCUGUCACGGAAGAGCCUUUUGUGACAUCUGGGGAUCGCUGGAUGCGCUUUUACUGGAAGGAUAAUAAAGAUCAACUACGUGUAAAACGUGGCGAUUUACCCUCUGAGGGUGGUCCAGACCCUUGGACAUCAUUCGAAAUGACUCUAAGAGAAGCUGCUCCAAUACCGAAAGCAUUUGACUUCACGCGAUUUUUGGCCUCCUCAAUUACAUUUAUGGCUCACCUAUCAGAUAUCAGCGUUUAUUUUGACGACCAACGUUUGACACGUCUGACCAAAUCUACUGGUAUCCCAAAGGACCUUGGCCUUCUGAAGGGCCUUAAGAAUACUAGCGGUUUGGGAAUAAUGAAUGUCAAGGGUAUCAAUUCUACCCAGAUGAGGAUUAAGGCAGAGGUUAUGGAGGCAGUUUAUUCUGUAGGAACAGAGAAGCCUUCCAUUACUGCAGUGGUCAAGCAAAGCAAACCAUCAACGCAAGGAGGAUUCUUUUCUUCACUUCUCUCGAGUUUUACCGGGACUACGACCCCUCAGCGCACGGCCACACCCCUGCCUGCGCCGCCCGCAGAAAACAAGAAUCCUACGGAGGUCCAUGAGACAAGUGUCACACUAUUGAUAUUUUCGGCAGAUGUAGAUGUCCGAUUGGAUAAAAAGAUGGUGACCGAAUUGAAUCGCUCCACGAAAAAAAAUCCUCCGCAGCAGCUGAAAUACAAUCUUAUAUAUACCGCCAAAGACGAGUACGACGCUAGUAUAUCUGAGGAGGAGAAACAGCCCUUUUCAGGUGGAAGCAUUUUCCAAGGCCUUCGCGCAGAUCUUCAUGGGUCUGGCUCUGCCCGCGUUUUCAUUGGUCAUGCCACUGGACAAACGACCGGGAUAGGAGGUCAUAUGGCUACUCGUUUCAUCCCAACGGUCGAGCGAGAGUCCAUAGAUUUAGUUGACCGUAAUGUCGCAAUAUGGAAUAGGGAGCUACUCUACGUAGGUGGGUUCCUCUGCCGUACGGCAUAUGAGAUGGAACUCGUAAACAUUCGCGCCUUAUGGGAAGGAGCAGCCAGCUCAGCUGCCACGCCGGAUUUCAAACCUGACUCUGAGCUAAGAGCUUGGUUACAUAACCGAUUCUUGCAUGCCCUCAAAUUUUUCACGUUUCAUCCGUCUACGCCAUCUUCAGACGUUUCUCGUCUCUUGGAGGUCGCCUUCUUUGCUUGCUCCCCUCAACAUCCCUUCAGUAUAUUAUCUACGGCUGGUGUGCGCAGCGCAUUCGAUGUUCGUAUGCCCGAUCCACUGUUCGCAUCAUUCCUGAAGCAGUUACCUGUUCUUCCUGAGGGAAUUAUCACCGAAAUUCCUCGUAUGGCCGCCUCGCUCCAAGACAGAGGAAUGCUGAAAGAUAUCACAUUCAUGGACGUACUGGGUGAAUUGCGGUCCAGACCUCUCAGUGAAGAGGAAAUGAUUGCUUGUUUGAAGUGGUGGAUCGGCUUGAGCAAACAGGGCGAUAAUCCGAACUUAUCACGAAUUAGGACGGAGUUUAUUAACGCUGCUGUAUUGGCUUCUGGCAGGCCGGCCAGUCCAGACGAAAAGAUACUCCCCCUGUCGUCUGUCCAGACUUUCAUAAAUCCAAAGAAUAUGGGCCCACUAAUUCCUUUGGAUGGCCCACUUCCUGAUCAUCUCUUGCCUCUAAAUGUUAGCAAACACGUUGAUUCUCUAAGCCUGUCAUCUUUUGGAUGGAGAGAGCUGUCGAUUGCAGAUUGGAUACAGUAUAUUCUAAAGCCUGAUGUCCUGGCUGCUAACGUUGAUAAUGAUAUCACCAAGUCUCCUGUAUGGGCAGAACGAGUUUUAAUGGUUAUUUUGCGUGGCUGGCCAAACAUGUCGAACGAAGCUCGCAACACAGUCGCCACAAGCUUGAAAGACAAGACAUGCAUACCCACGUCGUCAGGCAUGAGGCUACCUCGAGAAGCAUAUUUAUCUAGUGCCAACAUCUUCAAGGAUCUUCCUAUAGUAACUCUUCCAUCCGGGACGACUAUCAAGCUAUCAUUAGAGAAAAUUCUCGUUAGCAUCGGGGUGAGAAAGCACGUGGAUUUGCAGGUCGUGUUUGAUAGAAUGAUCAAGACUGGUGACUGGACCAUCUCGGAUCUGACCACCUAUCUAGUGGCUGUCCAAAGUACUCUUACUCCUGAGGAGGUUGACAGGUUGAGGGCCACUACAGCUUUCACAAAGGAGGAGCCAGACGAAAAUUCUACGAAAACUCAAAAGAGGGCUCGCUACCGCGCAUAUGACCUGUAUGAACCCAGCACUAUAUUCCGCCAGCUGAAGUUGCCUAUCAUUGAUUGGGGACACCAGGUCAAGUGGAAAAGCAGCUCUGAAGAAGCGAAAUUCCUGUAUCGAUUGGGCCUUCGUCGCUCCCCUCCACUAGAUAUUCUUAUCAGAUUAUGCUCUAGCCCGGAUGAAGAAUUACAUCCUAUUGCUUUCAAGUAUCUGCUGGAUAACAUGUCUAAAUAUCCUGACUAUGACCCGGAAAGAUUCAAUGAUAUAUCAUUUAUUCCAGCUCUCGACGGUUCUGCAACUCGUUUGGGCACCUUGAAAGAGGUCUUCGCCAAUCCUGACUGGGCGUCAUUCGGAUUUCUGGUAGUGCAACCACAUCUCCGGGAUGGUGCUGUGUCAAAACUUGGCAUCAAAGAUCACCCUCCAUCUCAAAUGUUAGUAACGUUACUGGAAAAGAAUGCUCCAAAGUCUGAGGACACUGCGAGGAAAUGGUUUUCAACCCUUUCUGGGCAUGUUACAGCGUUCUCACCAUCUCAAUUGGCCACUCUUUCUAAGCUGCCUUUUGUGCCUGUAAAGUCAUCGAAGUCACUUCCUGAUACAAGCUCUAAUCAACGUUCAAAUACCAUUCGUUGGAUAACCCCUAAUCAAUGCUACUUUGGAGGAGAAUCGAAGGGACAAGUUCACUCGAAACUUUUUGUGUUCGUUGACUUCGGAUCCACUGCGAACAGUUUUCUCAGUGCAUGCGGAACUAAGCAUGAGCCUUCCAUAGAAGAAAUCGCUAAUAUCCUUAUCAUGGACCCUCGUGAAUUCUACAGGCUUGCAGAUGGACGUGACAACUAUCUGGUCGAACUUCGCAAUCUCGCUGUUAAUCGUCGUCUGAUUUCGCAACUAACCUACAAUCGAAUGAGAUCUUCUCCUAUCUUGCUGGGCAUGAAACGAACGCGUCGUAAAAACUCGGAAAAAGAGAAGGGUGUUGGUGUUGCAGAAUGGGAUGAAGAUGAUUGGGAACUCUUAUACGAUCUACGAAAACCUGGAGAAAUUAUUAUCGCUGAUGACACAAAUGCCUACCAACUUUUUGGGGACUCGAUCUUCACAGCGCCGCAGGAGGAUUUAUUGGAAGAAUUCUACAUCGAUCUAGGCUCCAAGCGCCUUAGUGCAACGAUCCGUGAAGAGUACAAGACCACCUCUGAAAUCAAGAACUCUAAAAUCGCUACUGACGUCCGUAGCCUUAUACUGGAAAGGUUACCCUUGUUCCUCCACGAGCAUACUCACACUCGCACACGCAUCUCCCUCGGAUGGCUCAACAAUGACAAGAAUUUCCUAGUUAAAAUAUUCGGAAAAUUGACAGUAGCCAAAGGCCUCGAUUUUGGUGAAGUACGGCUGACAAGAACUCAAGAUGCUUCGGCUGCGGCGCAGCGGCGCGGUUAUGGUCCUAUCGAGCUAUGGCUUUCUGGUAAUUCCCAAGUGGAUAUGUAUGAGGUCUCCACUUCACUGUGCCGAUUGCUAUUUGAUUCGGCGAAGGUUAACGAUGCUUUGCUUUUCAUGACAAUCCUUUCUACUGAUCUCAGAGCCCUGAAACGUCGUGGAUACAAUGUUGACAAGAUCUUAAGGCAGCAGCAGGCCGAUCGACAGGCAGUUGAACAUGCCUUGAAGAUCAAGGCCGAGAAUACAGCUCUAAUUUCCACGCCAAAUACCACACCUGGUGCGAAGGAUAGGCCCGCCGCUGAAGUCGCAUCCCCGCCGCCUUCAGUUCCACAGCGGCCUGGCAUACCAGGAAAACUUUUGACGCACGAACCCACGACAGCUCCUGCACCAACGCCAAAUCCUCCGCGGGUUGAUUCUGCAUCCGAAGAUCAACUUACAAAACAACCUGAUAAGCCAGGACUUCGACCAGCGUCAACGAUGAUAGGCUCCUUACAAAGCUGGAAGCGAAAAAUCACCGGACAUCCCCAUCAAGAAGAUUUGGAUGGUGGCCCAUCAUUAGAUUCUCAGGUUUUGGCCUCAGGUCAUCCUCAAAGGUCUACGUCACGUCCUCCUGGCCCAGCCGAUGGUAGAAGCCCCAUUGUGACACCUCUGACCAAUAUUCGCGCAAACGUAGACAUGGCGAUCAAGGCAUGUAGGCCUGAGCAAGGAAAACUACUUCACAAUAGACAGGAAAUGCAGACAAUCAAGGAAUCCCUGAAUGAAGGCUACUGUGACACUUCAGGGCAUGUGGGCGAGCUCGAUCUCAUUGGUCAAAUGGGCAACGUCAAAGUCUUUGCAACUCGAGACGUUCCUGAGCCGCAGUCUAUUAUGACAAAGAAGCGCGAUUCUCUAGCGCGAUUUAUUCAUGUUAUAAGCUCUCUGAGCGUCAUCUAUAAACUCCCUAUGACAUCUCUGCACAUAUUCUACGACUCGGGAGGAGGACUCAUCGCAUUCAAUCGGAAUGCCAGUAUAUUUCUUAACUUAAGAUAUUUCGAGGCUUGGCACGAUUCGGAUGUUCGUAACGGCGAGCUUAAGCAGGCUCAAAUUUCCUGGUACUUUACACUGGCACACGAGAUUGCACACAACUUAGUGCAGCCCCAUAACUCCGAGCAUGAGUUUUACUUUUCUGCGUUGUGCGAGGCACACCUAGUUGCCUUCAGCGAAAUGUUGGCAUCUCCAGCACGAGACAUCCAACUAAUCUCCCCACAUUUUACGUCAUAAAGGAAAUAGUACGAUAGUAACGAUUUAGUUUCCCCUAUUGAUAAGUAGUUAAAGUUGUCACAUUUGUACUUUCAUCUCACAGUGUAAUUGAACCGUCACUCUCGAACAUGUCAAACGCUA